AUGAGUGCAUUCACAAACAAAAAAGAAAAAAAAAAAAAAACAAAAGCAAAGGGGGAAUGGUCCGCGGUCUCGGUCAGGAGCCAAACUGCCACCCCUUUUGGGUCAACAGCGGCACAAUCCACGGUCCAAUCUCGAGCAAGGAUCCACGGGGGAAGAAGCACUCGCCGGAGGCUUUCCCUGGCCAGAGGGCACCUGGGGCUUGGAGGUAGCGUGUUUGACGCCUGGGGAAUCAGCGUCGUCAUCGCCAAGAGAGUCAGGGGCCGGGCGAAGGAGGAGCCGCGGCAGGACGACCACCCCCCCGCCGGAGAGCUCCGCGAACAAGAAUCGCCGAAGUGGUCGAUUUCGAAGCCAUCGGAUUCCGGGAAGAUCCGGCACGCUGAUCUUCCUGCUGAGAAGACAUUCUACAGAGAGAAUAAAGAAAUUGGGGAAAUUAAUUUACCUGAUCGGAUCGCAAUGGAUUCGAAUUUAGGGGUUUCUUUCAGGCAGAUUUACGAACGGCCGAAGCGUAUUCACGGAAAGAGAGAGCAAGAGAGAUGA